UCAUCGUGGAGCGUAGAGAGUAUCAAAUUGCCAAGCUAUCACCCUUUCCUACCAAUUGAGAUUGAGUUACGAGUAUUAGUCUCAUACAGUCAUACUCCGUUGAAUGCCGUAUACUCAAGUCUUAUGCAUCAUGCAGGCAGAUGCCGUAUUUCAUUACCAACGCCACUAAACAAUAAGUACUCCGAAAACGAGAAAAAAAUUAAAAAAAAAAAAAAAAAAAAAAGUGAGAGAAAAUGGAGAAACGACGAGCUUAUGCACUGCUAUGGCAAUGGCGUGCUUCUUCAAGGCCUCUUUCCUCCAAUCAUCGUUCUUUACUUCCCAACUCUCUUCUCACUUCUCGAUCCUCCGAUUCAGGCUCUAUGUUUAACUUUGGUAGAAGUUUCACAUCAUUAAGCUCAUUCACCGAACAACAGAGGCAGAGUUUUCAGCAAUUACUCAACAUAUUGAUAGAUCGCAGAGUGCUUCAUCAGGGUACUUUUCUGAGAAGCUCAAAUCUUCCUGUAAGAUUUUAUGGAUCUGCACCAGUUGAGAGAAGUGCAUCAUUCUCAGAGAUAAAUACCAAGGAUAUCACCUACUUUAAGAGUAUAUUGAGGGAGAACAAUGUAAUACAGGACCCAGAUAGGCUUCAGCCUGCAAACACAGAUUGGAUGCAUAAGUACCAAGGCUCAAGCAAGCUUAUGCUACUACCCAGGACCACUGAAGAGGUUUCUCAUAUAAUGAGAUAUUGCAACUCUAGACAUUUGGCUAUCGUCCCUCAAGGGGGUAAUACUGGUCUUGUUGGUGGAAGUGUGCCCGUCUUUGAUGAGGUUAUUGUCAACGUGAGUCAAAUGAACAAGAUCAUAUCUUUCGAUAAGGUCAGUGGUAUACUAGUUUGCGAAGCAGGAUGCAUAUUGGAAAAUCUGGAAUCUUUUUUGGACAAUGAAGGAUUUGUGAUGCCUCUUGAUUUGGGAGCCAAAGGAAGCUGUCAGAUAGGUGGAAAUGUUUCUACCAAUGCUGGUGGCUUACGCUUGGUUCGUUACGGAUCUUUGCAUGGAAAUGUUUUAGGCCUUGAAGCUGUUUCAGCCAAUGGUACUGUGAUGGACAUGCUGGGUAUCUUACGCAAAGAUAACACUGGGUAUGACUUGAAGCAUUUGUUUAUAGGAAGUGAAGGAUCGCUUGGUAUUGUGACUAAAGUUUCCAUCCUUACUCCCCCAAAGCUUUCUGCUACUAACCUUGCCUUUUUGGCAUGUAAAGACUAUCUCAGCUGUCAGAAACUUUUAUUUAAAGCCAGAAGGAAACUUGGAGAGGUCUUAUCAGCGUUUGAGUUCUUGGAUAGUCAUGCAAUGGACGCGGUGUUGAAUAAUCUAGAAGGUGUUAGAAAUCCAUUGCCUCCUGCAGUGCACAACUUCUAUGUUCUGAUUGAGACCACAGGGAGUGAUGAAUCCUAUGAUAGAGAGAGGCUUGAUACGUUCUUGUUUCGCUUGAUGGAAAGUGGUUUAAUAUUAGAUGGUGUGGUUGCACAAGACAUUAAUCAAGUAUCUUCAUUUUGGCGUAUCCGUGAGGGUAUACCAGAAGCGUUGAUGAAGUUUGGGGCUGUAUACAAGUAUGAUUUGUCUUUACCUUUGGAGAAAAUGUAUGAUCUUGUUGACGAAAUGCGAGCACGCCUAGGUAACCCAGUCAAAGUUGUGGGGUACGGCCACCUGGGAGAUAGCAACUUGCACCUCAAUAUAACAUCUCCUCAGUAUAAUGAUGAUAUUUUAGCACAAAUUGAGCCCUUUGUCUAUGAGUGGACAUCUAAGCAUCGUGGGAGUAUCAGCGCUGAGCAUGGGAUUGGAUUGAUGAAAGCAAAUAAACUCUACUACAGCAAGUCGCCUGAAGUGGUACAAUUAAUGGUUUCUAUCAAGAGGUUGAUGGACCCGAAUGGCAUACUUAAUCCCUAUAAAGUUCUUCCACACUGUCUUAGUGCCAACAACUAGGGCUAGAAGAACAACUUAGCCAGUUAUAAUACAGACAAGUCCUCUUCUUACAUAUACUGAAUAUCUCAACCAGCAGAAGAUGGGUAAUUGAAAUCAAUAAGAACCUAAAACAACAUUCAAAAGUUAUAACACAGAGAAGUCCACUUCUUUAACAGAUGAUUGCAAAUUCCUGUUUACUGUAAAUCUUGUAUGUAAAAUAUGUCACAGCUGACUUAAAGACAACUUUUUCACAGGGCGACAAUUCUAAAUCAGGUUAUGUUGUUUCCUACACUGUUCACUGCCUAAAGUCACUAUGUGGCACACUUGACUAUUGUUUUACAUCUUCAUGAAAAGUUCAUUUAAACUCUUA